AUGGCGGCCGUCCGUGAGACGGCGAAAAGGCAAAGGCAUGCCUUCAUCGAUGGCCAGCUGAAGCCGUACGUGGGGAAGUGGAGCCGAUUGGUGGGCAAGGAGACGCAAGAGGAGCGAAAUGAGGUCGAGAUGCGCAGGCAAACGUCGCUCGACGAGCUUCAGCGUCAAGGUCUCGUUCUUGUCGAUGUCGAGGGUCACUGGCCCACCCGGCGAGACGGCAAGACAAGAGUCAAGCAAUACGGCCAGCGAAUCGGUCAAUUCCAACCAAACGGGCGGAGCAAGCUGGCCUGGAAUAAGUUCCAGAAGGGCGACCAAGUCGAGCUACGCCCGGUACAAACGACCAAUAUCGAAAUCGCGAGCCUGUUGCCCGAUGGCUCUCGGGAUGCAUUGGGUUGGCAGGGAAGCGACGAACGCGAUCAGCGCUUCAUACCAGCGACAAUCCGAGCCAUCAGCGACAGCGACAUGCGCCUUUCCUUCGAGGGCCACUACGCGGAAGCCGACCUUCUCGCCUGUCCCUCCUGGCGCAUCGACUUGGGCUACAACGAUCUCGUCGAAAAAAGGGUCUUGGAGGCCCUUGAUGCCCUGUCACACGACUUUGAAGCCAUCGGACGAGCCGACAAUCUGGCAAAAGAUGGGCCCAGCCAACUCGAGCUCAGCGGCUCGUCGUUGGUACCGGACAUCAUCAGAGAUCAGCCCAGGGCAGGGGCGCGUCAGCGCGGACUCUUUGACAACGACCAGCUCAUUCACAGCUGGCUCAAACGCCACUUGAGGCCGAGUCCCAUCAUGAUCGAUGGCGAUCCUCCUCUUUACGGUCUCAGUGAAACCCAGAAGAGGGCUGUAGCGCUGAUGCUUUCGACUCCCUUGAGCUUGGUCCAAGGCCCGCCAGGGACGGGUAAGACAACGACCAUCGUGGCCGCCAUCGAGCUCCUUAAAGCCCACUUCCAAGUCCCACAUCCCAUCCUUGUCACUUCGCAUACGAAUGUGGCCGUGGACAACCUGGCAGCUGCCUGCUUGGACGCUGGCCUCAGCGUCGUUCGUGCUGGUUCCUCUGCCCGAACUCGCGAAGGAUUGGAUGGCAUCACACUCGAGAGUCUGAUGGAGAGACAUCCGCUAAAGGGGCACCUAGACGAGCUGGAAGGCAUCAAAGCAGGUCUGACGCGAGCCGUUGCCGAGCUCGAGGCAGGGGGCGAAUCUCCCGCCUCGUCGCCAUCUUCAUUUCAGGAAAAGGAUGUGAGCGCGCCGAUACCUGGUGAGGAAGCAGCAACGUCAUCCACCGCGUCGCACUCCGCACAAGAUUGCAACUAUUGGCGUGACGAAGUGUCGCUUUUCGCCGACACCGAAGACUUCAGGCAUCUGAAGCUGGACGAGGAGGACGUUGAUACCCCACCAUUGACAAUGGCUGACAUUCCUCGACUGGAGAAACGUCUGUCGUCGGUCCGGCAAGCCACUUUCUUGAUACGCAAGCGAAUCGAGACCGACGUAUAUCACGGUGCCGACGUCGUGUGUUGCACGGCACUCUCAGUGCCCACUUGCAAGCCCAUUGACUUCCCGUUUGUGUUCUUCGACGAAGGAAGCAUGGCAACCGAGCCUAUCUCGCUUGUGCCUCUUGUAAAAGGCAGCCGGCAAAUUGCCAUCAUUGGCGAUCACAAACAGCUGCCUCCGGUCGUUCAGAACGAAGAGGCACGUCAAGGGGGAAUGGCAAAGAGCCUCUUCGAGCGUCUCAUCGAAAGAGGUGACGUGCCAAGCAUCAUGCUUGACUGCCAGCACCGCAUGCAUCCUUCGCUGAGCGCCUUUGCCAGUCAAAUGUUCUAUGACACCAAACUUUGCGACGGCGAGACAAUGGUCAACAUCGAAUCGCUCUCGUCCUCGUACCGUGCCUCGCCUUCUGGGGCCGACCAACACUACCUGGCCUUUGUCAAUCACAGCUUUCGCGAGUCGUCCGAGGGGAAGUCGAUUGAAAAUGUUGGCGAAGCGAUGGUGUGCAGUCGCAUCAUCGCCGAUCUCUUGGCGCGCAAUCCCGGCCUUCAAGCGCAGGACAUCGGAUUGGUAACGCCGUACCGAGGCCAGGCCCAACACUUUGCACGGGCUCUGGCCGAUCCUGGCUCGGAUCUUCGAAUGGAAAUGGUCCGAUUUACCGCUCAAUUGGCUAGGAGUGGUCUCGUGACAUCGACGACGGAUCCAGACCCUUCAAAGGUCGAAGUGCAUACAGUCGAUGGAUUUGAAGGGCGCGAAAAGCAGGCCGUCGUGUUCUCCACAACAAGGAGCAAUGCACUAGGCUUCGUUGGCUUCUUGGCCGAUUCGAGGCGCCUCAAUGUAGCCUUGACGAGGGCAAAAAGAGGUCUGUGGGUCGUGGGCAAUCUCGAAACGCUUCGAAAUGCACGACUGGGCGAAGCAGGGCAAAGGGCAGUCGACAAGGCAGACGUCAGUGCGAUCCGCAAAUAUACCGCACACCUUGAGAAGCUUAGAUGCGUUGUCAAAGCAGCCGAAGUGGAAAGGGCUGUCAACAGUGUCGCUGUCCGGUAG